UAACAAUUUAAAACAGCAAAAAAUAUGACGCUAAUUAAAAUUUAUCAAUUAGGAUCUAUCAAAAAAUUAAAAGGAAAUUAUAUUACCCAGAUAUAUUACCAUAAAACACAUUUUGAUUUUUCGGACUUCAACUUUCUCUAAAACGGAUAUUCCUUACCCAAAAGCGGUAUUUUUCAUUGUAAGCAAUGAAUUCUGCGAAAGAUUUUGUUACUAUGGCAUGCGAGCGAUUCUCAUCUUAUAUCUCACAAGGAUGCUCCUCUACACCGAAGCUGAAGCCAAAAUCGUCUACCACGCCUUCAACAUGACCGUCUACUUCUUCCCACUAUUCGGUUCUAUUAUUUCAGAUAGUUGGUUGGGCAAAUUCCGUACAAUCCUCUACGUAUCCAUGAUAUACGCUACCGGCAGUGUAUUAUUAGCCGUAACAUCAGUUGGUCCACUACAUAUACCCCAGAGAGAAUUUACCAUAUUUGGGCUGAUCCUAAUAGCCGUGGGUACAGGAGGAAUUAAACCAUGUGUAUCUGCCUUUGGUGGAGACCAAUUUAUUCUACCCCAGCAAGAAUUACAACUGGCCACCUUCUUCUCCUUGUUCUACUUCUCUAUAAAUGCUGGAAGUUUAAUUUCAACAUUUCUAACUCCGAUCUUAAGGAAGAAUGUCCACUGCUUCGGUUUGAACAGUUGCUACCCUUUGGCUUUUGCAGUUCCUGGAGGUCUGAUGAUUAUAGCAAUCGUCAUAUUUGCACUUGGCAAGCCACUGUACGAAAUCAAACAACCCAAAGACAACAUUAUAGUUCAAGUAGUCAAAUGCAUAUGGUAUGCCGUUACUCACAGGAAAGGACCAACAGUGGACCACUGGCUAGAUCGAUCCGAACCCGCGUUCGGGGCAGAACUAGUCAACGAUGUCAAGUGUUUGCUCAAGGUUUUGGUACUGUACGUCCCACUGCCCGUUUUUUGGGCUCUGUACGACCAACAGGCUUCUGGGUGGACCUUCCAAGCAGUCAGAAUGGACGGAGAUAUCGGAUUUUAUACCAUUCUGCCUGACCAAAUGCAGAUAGCCAACCCUCUUCUAAUUUUGAUUUUUAUUCCUGUGUUCACUUACGGAGUGUACCCUUUGUUAGCCAAGUGCCACCUGUUGAUGAAGCCACUGCAAAGGAUUUGCUGCGGUGGUUUUCUCACCGCCACCGCUUUUGCCGUGUCCGCUGUCAUUUCAAUGAAACUGGAAAGUACUUACCCGGUACUGCCCAGCGCUGGACAAGCCCAGAUUCGGAUAUACGACGCUACCAGUUGUGCUUACAGCUUCACCAGCGAUUACAACAAUUUAAAUGGGGCCAUCAGUGGAGGAUACUAUGAAAAUAAGGAUAUCCGUAUUUCGGGAACUCAGAAAAUUACUUUCACCUUUACAAAAUCCGGAACCUGCGAUGAAGCUGCUCCAGAACCCCUAUCUAUUGAUAUGAGCGAAAAAGGAACUUAUGGAAUAUUUUUGAGCCAGUCAGGAGCGUACAGUUUUACAGACAAUAUCGAAAAAAGUCACGAUGGAUACCCGAAACUAAGGGUUCUACCAUACCUGGCGCGAAAUAUUACCCUACAACACACGAAAGAAACAUCCUACAGGGUUAAAAUAAAUCCUGGAAACACUAGUUUGUAUAGUAUGCCAUAUCCUGGAACAUACCGUGAUGUUAAUUCUGAAAAUUCUUUGGAAAUCACUGUUAAAUUGGGAGGAACAUACACAGCCUUAUUCAAAACGAAUUCAGUCCAACUGAUCACAGUUACUCAGCCAAACAGCGUUCACAUGUUGUGGUUGCUGCCCCAGUAUGUGAUUAUCACGGCGGCAGAAAUUAUGUUUGUCAUCACCGGUUUGCAGUUUUCGUAUUCACAAGCGCCCAUCACUAUGAAAGCAGUAUUACAGGCUGCUUUUCUCCUAACAACAGCCUGUGGAAACCUGAUCAUUGUUCUUAUAGCAUCAGCGAAGAUUUUCGAAGACCAGUCCAAAGAUUUCUUCCUCUAUGCCGGAUUGAUGGUGGUGGAUAUGUUAUUGUUUAUGUUGCUAGCAAUCCGGUAUAAAUACGUACAAAACAAAGAUUCCAGUGAAGCUGAAUAAGCAUUAUAGAAAACGAAAAAUAAAUGGUAACUAACGGCACAGACAACCCGGCCUUCAAACAGUGGUCUUUUUUAUAAAAGUGCAUUAUUUUUUUGAGGGAAAUAAUUAAUUUGUAUUAAAGGUCUAGUUGGAUGUAACUCUUUUUGAUUAUAAUUUAAAAGUAUUGUUUCUAAACUUAAAAUGUCGGAUAUGUAAAAUACAGACUGUUUUUUUUUUCUUAACAGAGAAACAAAUAUCCUGGAAAAAUGUUAUAGGCAACUUAAGAAGACAUUCCUUUUUAUGUACAUACAAUAUAUUGAUAUAUAAUAAAU